AUGGACAUAGCAAAAAAUAAAAACGGACUUUCAGUAAAACAAGCAAUAUUUCCAAUGGUUGGAUCUAUUCUUGGAUCUGGUGUUUUAACACUCCCUGCAGCCGCAGAGGCCUCUGGGUACUUGCUCUCUGGGCCAAUACUUAUCUUUGUUUCCUCUAUCUGCGCAUUUACGCUAUUUCAAUUGGUGCACUGCGCAAGAGAGCUGGGAACAGAAAAUCCUUCGUAUUUUGCAGUCUGCCAAAGUGCAUAUCCUGUGCUCGGAUACUUUGCAGAGCUGUGCAUUGGGAUGCAGGGCUUUGGCGCAAUUACUGUAUACGUUCUAAUUCUGAAGCAAUGGGUGGCAUCUUUGAUUGGAAUAAAAAGCAUGUUGGAGUACAUGCCGUACGAUAUUCUAUUCACACUGCUGCUGCUUGUCAUUCCAACAGGUCUCUCACUGCAGAAAAGUCUGAAGAAGCUCUCCUUUAUAUCAAUCCUUUCUACUGUAUCUGUCAUCUUCCUCUCUCUUUUUGUUCUUCUCUCUGGCAUACUGGCCCUAGUUCUUCCGUCAAACGGAAUUGCCAGGGACUCAAUCAAGGCAGUGACUACAGCGCCUUCUGAUAUAGCAAAAGCACUGAGUGGGUAUAUCUUCAGCCUGGGGUGCCAGCAGAACAUGGUGAGCAUUUUCUCGCUGCUAGAGAACCCAACAAAGGCAAAUGGAGCCAGAGUAGGCGUAAUUGCAGUUUCCAUAGCAAGUGUUGCAUACUUCCUGGUUGCAAAUGGAGGAUACAUUGCAGGAGGAAAUGGACAGAAUACAUCCAUCCUGGAUGUCCUUGCAGAUACUACUAGGCCGUUCUACCAAAUAAUAUUAAGCAAUUUUGGCCAGAGAUGGGGUACAUUGUAUUUCCAUCUAAUCACACUGUCAAAGCUAGCAAUGAUUAUCGUGCUACUAGGUGCAUAUCCACUACAGAUGCAUCCGACUAGAGACUCAGUCCUUACCUUCCUGAAUAUCUUCUUCAAGGAAAGAAUUGCAAAAAACAAAAGAGCAGUUGAAAUAUCCAUUAUAUUCCUCAUAACUGCAAUUGUCUUUAUUGAGUCACUAUUCAACUUUAGCUACGCAUUUGUAAUGAAUCUCAUUGCAUCUACUGCCAGCUGCAGCAUUAUGUUCCUUCUUCCUAGCAUGUGCUACAUUCUCUCUAGGAAUAGGUCUUUUAUUGCCACUCUCAUCUCCAAAUACAUAUUUGCAGCAUGUGCUAUGUUUUCCCUUUGGUCAACGUACAGUCUGCUGGGCCUGUCCAUUGGAAGUAGAAUAUUAGCACUAAUUGCAAUCGUAUUUGGUGAAAGUGAAUAA